AUGAGAUCAGAUGAACUUCUAUCAUCACGACAUGAUAAAUGGAACGUAGCAAGUGAUCACAUGCUGAGAGUUGUAAAACAGAUGUUCAUGGGAUACAAAAAGUCACAUAAAGGUAUUAAAGACUUAAAACGUUUUAAUAAAAACAUUCAACGCAAUUUUCUAAGGUCAAAAAGGCGCUUCUUGAUACUUAAGACUUUGGAUUAUAUUUCACAAAUUUCUUCACUUUCACAAAAGUCUGAUUAA